AUGCUUCGUUUGAAUUUGGAUUGUGGAUUCCAACUUACAAGUUUAAGAAGUCCCUUAAUUGUUGGGUAAGUGUAAAUAUAAAGAUAUCCAAAUUGCCCUAGGCCGUGUAAGGACGUGAAGAUGGCUUCCCUGGAUAAGGACACUUGGAUCUUGGUGAAGAUUAAUGACACUAAAAAACUACAGUAUGACACGGUCCGGCCGAGAAAUGUCAUCAGUAAAUUGGCAGGCGGCCCUGUGAAACUGGAGUUGAAGACGAUUGAUCUGAGCAAAGGUAUGCUGGGAAUACGGUCCAAUACGGUUACUCUAGCUUUAUCAACCACGGAUGGAUGCGUUUUUGACCAGAAGGUCUUCACCAUGGCAGUCAAUAACCAAAUUUUUUAUAUGUUGGUCAAGUGUAACAACGACAAGUUUGGUCUUCUGAAGACGAUCAUUUCACCGGGAAAUCUUCUCUUCACACCGUACAGAAGUCCGGUCUACUUUACGGAGAAGAUUGAAAACCAAAUGAGGAUUUUUGGAUUAUCGACCAAAGAGGAAGCACGAAUUAUAACCUAUGAUCCUGAGGCCAACAAACAAACUGAGAGAGAAUUACACUCUAUAAGUCAUCCAGAAGAAAAGCCAAAUGAGAUUUUCAAAGGAAGAGCGUUUCAAUACUCAUAUGGGGGUGCAACUUUAUUAUCCGUCAGAGAUCACAUGGAGAAUAAAACAAGGUUUUUGAUAAAAGAGGAAGGUUUAGGAGGGUUCAAAGAAGGUGUGUAGAGCUAAAUGAUGUAAAUCGCACGAAAACAGCGAUUUGGAGUUGCGAUUAUAUCAUUUUAGCAUGCCCAUCCCUGAAUUUUAUUGAUGAAGCAGUCUUUGCGUGCAUCCUGGAUCCACCCGAUUAUUCUGAUUUCCCCUCAAUGCAAUGGGUCACACGUCCAGAUCAAGCAGGAAUGAGGUUGUGGCACGAUAAAGGAGUAAGCAAAAUGUUAAUUUCAACUAGUGUAUAAGACACAUAAGAAGGGACAUGAAUUAUUUCAGGAUGUGGAUUACAUUGCCAAGUUGAAUACGGAGAUUAAAAAAUGCAGUGACGUCACAACAAAGUAAAUUUUAAGAUUUUUACUUCGUUUUUAAUGAUUUUAUAUUAUUGUAUGCAAAUUUCUACUUACCUUCAGAAAAGCGAAAAUUUUGGCAAUUGUUUUUGGGCUCUGCCUGUUUGUUCUGGUCAACUUUGUAAUUCUUCUGUUGACAUUCUCCUGCAUCUGUUAUUGCCGGAAAAGAAAGUUGUAUCGAAAAGGUAAGCGGAUUACUGUAGUUUUUCUUAUAUUUUUAGAAAGCCAGAAAGCCAAGGAAAAGCUGAAGAAUGACAAUAAGACGGCCAACAAAGAAGAGAAGAAGGAAACUUCCAAAAAAUCAGAGCCCAAAUCGAGUAAAAAUAAGUAAAUUUAUUUGAAAUUUGGUCUUGGAAUUGUUUUAUUUUGCAAAUUUUAAACCUCAAUGUUUGGUCUACUUUUAAAUUUACUUUGGCUUAAUCUCCCGUAUGCUUACUCCGGUGACACCUCUAUUUAUAUGAGGAUCAACUCGGAUUGCGAAUUUCAAUUUACAAAAAGCAGUUACAGUAAUCAACAUGGGUAGGGGUGACUUGGCUAUUUUUAUGACAAUCUUAGACCUUGUAAGAAUGUAAAGAUUGCUUUACUGGAUGACGACUACUGGUUAAUUUUGAGAGUAAAAGAGGACAAAACUUUGGAGUAUUCGACUAUGAAUUGGAAGGGCUUAGACCGCAAAAAAUACGCUGCAAGUCCGUAUAUCAUCCAGUUUGAGGCCUUUUCUGUUGAUCAUGGUGAGUGAACCGGAACAUAAGGUUUUCUAAUACUGUAAUUUUGAUGUUACAGUCCUUCCAGCCAAUUGUCAUCUCGAUCCGAAUAUCCUGACCGCCUUUGUGGACCUCCAUAUUCUUUAUAUCUCGGCCAGAUGCAACGAAACUUUAGCAGUUUUAUUCAGAGGCCUCGUCACAACAGAGUUGAUCUUAAUCCCCUCGGGCGGUGUUCUGAAAUUCUCCGCGAAAGGAAGUCUCAGUUCAUUUGGGACUUUGGAUGGAAUGAUCCCGUCGAUUAUUUUUGAGAAUUACGGGAAUUCAUGCCAGAACAGGUCUAUCGAUAGACUGGAUAUUAAUGAAACUUGCAGUGAUGCGAGUGCCAUGGAACACAGGGGAUUUAACAGGAUUGGGAGUGGAAUUGAAGUGGCCGUGAAAAUGAAAGGAGGAGAAACAGUCUUUAGGAAAUAUGAUAUAGAAUCAUGGAGUGUAUCGAGUAAGUUGAGAACUACAUAUUUAUUGGGUUUAUUUAUUUCAUUUACUAUGCACAAAAAUCGAACUGAUACUUGUUUUAGUAAUUACUAAAACAAGUUUUUUGACGGGGGUUUUUUUAAAUUGGUAUAUUUAUUAUUUAAGGAUUUUUAUCAUAUUUAGUUACGCGUCCGAACAUCAGUUUACCUUUUUAGAUUCCUGUCCUGAUAUUGAAACCUCCAUCGAAAAAGAGAACUCUCUGUUUUUCUGCACGGAAGAUACGAGAAUAUCCAACAGCGAAAAGCAUUACAAACUGGUCAAGAGAUUACCCUUGGAUUGCUCGGAAACUUUGGCUAGCAAUGAGGUAACCAUUUACAUUAUUUUAUAUUACCCUAUUGAUUCUGUUUUUAGAAAUGUCAUCGGAUCGCCAAGAAAUGUGAGAAAGCCGCUGGAGGGUAAGUAAAUAGUGUCUUUAUUGAUUUAUCUUUGUAUUUUAGAUCAUUUGGAGUGAUUGUUGGGAUGUUUGUGAUGUGUAUUUACACUUUUCUCAACGCAACCUUGGUAAUGGGAAUCUUUUCGAUGCUCGUAAUCCUCAGAGAUCGAAGAAAAAAGAAGAAGAAUUGA